AUAAAAUAUGAUAGAGCGCCAACCAACAAAACCUGUAAUUUUGCGUGGGACAUAAUGUUCGCAAAAAUUGAACGCUUCACGAUCGUUUAUUGAAUUUUAGGGGAAGACGGAAAAUUUUGCAAAUAUUGGAUCGUGAGUGGAUUUCCGCGGCACCGCGGCGAGAAAGAGAAAGAUGUCUUACGCCGAGCAUGGACCCCGUAUUUUUUUGACGGGCAAACCCGACGGCGGUGUACCUUUGACUUACGGGGAUUACAUUCUGCCACAGAAAAGAUCGGAAGGUCGCUUGAAGCUGUACAAUUCGUGUACGGAUAUUCGGGCGUGGAGUCCGAACGUCUUGGAGGGCACGCGCUACUUUCGCGAGCUCAGCGAGCAUGCGAAACCUUUGCCGGUGAAACUGAUACCAUCCAGCGUGAUAAUAGAAAACAUGAUGGCACUUACGGCACAAGCUCAGCGUGAGCUGCGAGUCGCGCGGCGGGAACUGCAGCGAUACAGAUCAUUAAAUCUGACCCCGGAGCAACGGGAGCACCUGGAGAAUCUCGAUAGAGCCACUGACGGGACCAACGAUGAGACGGAGGGAAUGAGAAUUGGAUCUGUGAUAAGACCGCUCUCUCAGGGGCAUAGAUUAUUCAUCAACGCGGGCAGGACCGCAUCCCUGCAAUGUUCCGACACUUUUUUGUCGAUUUACUUUCGCCCGGACGGAUUUCGAUAUUACGGCAGAGGCGGCUAUCCGCCUCUGUUAGCUAAUACGCGCGUACCGAGAGAGAGCCUGAACGCGAAUCCAUUAUCGGAAAAUAAUACUUAUCUGGUGUCGCGCGUAACGUCCUGCAAUAUAUUAACCGAGGCGAGAAACAUGCGAGAGUGCAACGAGCGAGCGAGCAUCUGCGUCGAGUAUGUCGACGCGUCUUCCCAAGCGACGCAAGAGGUACGCGAGAUGGGUGUGCAAACGGAAGAGUGUAAGGAGAACGACGAGAAACAGUCUAAUGUCGAUUCGCUCUCCAGUGAAUACUACAAAACCAGCGAAAGCGUAUCCACGUCCGAAACCGAGUUAGAGAACUCGGAUUCCGAGACCUGCGAGAGGAGCCACAAGGGAGUGAUUAUUCAGAAGGAUUCGGAAAUUAUCGUGCUGAAGAACGAGCUUGGCAUGAAGGAGGACGAGCUGGAGGAGCAGCGGGAGCUGAUCAGGCAUUUGCAGACGCUGUUAAAGGAGAAGGACGAGAGCUCGGGCAUUCUGAGACGUAAUUUCAAUACUCUGCAAGAGAGAUUGCAAAUGACGAGCGACAGGCGCGACGACGAGAUGGAAGAUCUGAGCGUAAAACUCUCCUCAUUCGAGUUCCUGGUGGAUCAGUUGAAAGCGGAGUUAGCUAGAAAAUGUCAAGUUUGUUAUUUCCAAUCGCAGGAAAUCCAGAAACUUAGGAUGGAAGCUAAGGAGGUAGAAUUACUUUCCGUGGAAAACGAAUCGCUCACGCGGAAGGUGAAGGAAAUGGAGCAUUUAUCGAGAGAGGCGGAGAGCUGCGGUAUCGCUUUAGAGCAGAUGAAAAAUGUCUGGUGGGAACGUGAUAUGCUUCAAAAGCAAUAUCGCGAGCUAAGUUGCACGUUGGCGGACAAAGAAGACGAAAUAAAACAACUAUCGACGUUGAUAAAGCAAAAGUCUGCUGCGGCUGACACUCGUGAGGUAGAGAUGAAUGGUAUAGUGGCCGACUUGAGAAAUGAGAUUCAGGCGAAAAGCGACAAGAUCUCGCAGUGCGAGAUGCAGCUAGUCUGCAUGGAGCGGGAGGUCGGUAAUCUGACCAACAUGCUGAAAAGUAGCCUGAACAAUUUCGACGAGUCUAAGAUAGCGUACGAGGGCGUUUGCGAUUACACCAAGUGCGAGCACGACACUUGCUUAGACGUGCAGAGCGCGUUGUCCGCUUUAAAUGCGUUCAUAGCCGAGUUGGAGGAGUGUAAGCUAGAACGGCGUAAUCGUCUGCGGGAGAUAGAUAACUUAAAGGCUUAUGUGGCAUGUUACAGCCAAGAGACCGUCAGCGAAAUUACAAACACAGAUUUUGAUACCGGACACGGAUUGAUUCAGCCGGCUGCAGAAGAUACUUCAACGUCGAGUAAUGACGGCUGUCAUUCGUCCAAGGAACUAGUUAGCGUUCAGAUUCAGUCGGACGACGUUGAUACUACCACAACAUGCUCAGAAGAAUCAGAAAAAGCGAAGUUGAACGAAGUAAUCUCGUAUGAGGAUAUCGAUCGUGCCCUCGCCACGCACAUCAAACGUUCCAUCGACAAGAUACAUGAAAUAUCCACGGUACUUCAAGGUGCCGGUGAUCACCACGUGCAAAUCGUCAAAGAGUACGCGAAGCAACAGCACGAGCUGCAAAAGAAGGACCUCGAGAUCACGGAAUUGAAGCAAAAAGUGGCGGAGCACGUGUUGCGAAGGGGUGAGGGCGACUGCGCGAUUCGGGAGCAAUUGCGGAAAAAGAUGUUGGAGAAGGAGAGGUUGUUGGAGGCUGUAAUAAGUAAAAGGGACUCGAAGAUCGAGAGGCUCCGCGAACACCUCACCGCGUUGGAAAAUGACAUUCUCUCGUACCGCACGGAGUGCGACACGUUGAAGCUCGAGAACGCCGAGCUCGUCGAUGCGAAGAGCGCACUUUCGAGGGAGAACGACGCGCAGGGUGAAGAGAUGAGAGCGCAGAGGGACCAGAUGCGCAAGUUGACUCAGCAGAUAGACGAUUUGAGGCGGACCGUCGAUGUGCUGAGGGAGGAAACGAACAAUGUCGAGAACAUGAGAAAGAAAUUGAUCGACCUGCAGAUGAAGAACAACGAUCUUACGAAUAAGCUCAUACAGGCGAACGAGACCGUCUCCAGGAACGCUGAGAUCAUCGCGGAGCUCGAGUGCAAGGACGAGAAGAACAGGAUGGCACUGACGCACGGCAGCAUCAAAUACGACGCGAUGGUGACGCAGAAGCACGGCGACAUCGUGAAGCUGCGGGACGAGAAUCAAUCGCUGCGCGAUCAGUUAACGGAGGCCGAGGUCAAACUCGCGCGGAGUAACAACACGAUAUUAUCGUUGAGGCAAGAGAGCGACAAUGCGGCCGCGAUAAAUGUCCUGCAGGCGAGCCUGUCGGGCCUGGACGUGGAUAAGGAGAGGCUGCUGGCGCGAGUGGACUAUCUCAAGGGCGAAAUCGCGAGCUACCGGAGCUCCACCGCGAGCGUCGAGAGUAGACUGCAGGUGUUAUCGCACGGCAAUGAGACAUUGAGGGCGGACAUAGAGACGGUAAGAAGUACCAACGAUCAGCUGUUGUAUCCCCACGAGAAUGCGGUGAAGUCAUCUCUGAAGGACGCGCUGUACACGCUUCCCAAGAAAAUUUACGAGACAAUUCUGCGUCUCCAGACAGACAUUCGAGAAUACGGUAGAGAGAACGCGUCUGAACGCUGUCAGGAUAAAGAAACUCUCGAAAUCGAAGAUGAGGGAGGAAAGCAACAAACAAAAAUAUAUGCUGAGAAGUCUUAUCAAGAAGAUGAGGACACAUUAGAUCCGGUCGCUCGAGAAGUGGAUUGUAAUUCUGAAAACGUUGCGGACAAGUUGAGAUUUCUUGAAAGACAAUACGAGGAAAAACUGCAAGAAAUUGAAAAUCUGAUGGACGACGUAAAACUGAGAGAUCGCGAAAUAAAGAAUCUCCAGGAGUGCGUUACCUAUUUGUUGCAGGAGAAAAACGAUCUGCAAACUACAGUUAAACAACAAGUGGAUGAAUAUCAGAACAAAUUAACGUUGCUGAAGAAAAAGUAUGACGGCAGCUUGAUUGCUCUUCGUAAGAGGCAUAACGAACAUGUCGAGAGAUUACAGGCGAGAUUCGAAGAUAUUAUGAAAAUCGAGAAGAGUCCGUUCGACGCGGAGAAUUGGUUGCAGUCGCUGAACUUGAAGGAACUGUCGGAGCUGCAUAAUCGAAUCAAUAUUUUGAUCUCCCACGCGGCCGAGAACACCGAGUCGAAUGCCGCGCGUAUCGAAGCGAAGAAGGAUCGCGAUAGCUGUCGGGAUAAUUCCCAAGAGCAUAGGCUUUACAAUAAAUUCACCUUGCGUAAACGGUACACGAGAGAGGCUAGAUCGUCUGUGAGUAGAAAAACGAGUAAAGAGAAGUUCCACUCCGAAAUUUUCAAUGCUGAAAAUAACGAAACUGUUGCCGUAACGGAAUUAUACUCUCAGGAUUUGAGACUUAAACAGGAGCAUAGUUUUCUCGAGGAUGAGAAGGAACGAAUGGGAAAUGCGGAAUCGUCUGAGAAAUCUAGAAAGACGGAGACAGACCCGGACAGAACUCUUGACUGGCAGAGGGAGAAAUUCAUCUAUCAAUGCAGUGUACAUCACAAAUUGAGUAACGCCCGUUGAUAUACGCGCAACGGAUAUUUCAUAACGCAGAGAGAGAUCUUCAGCGUGAAAAGGGACGCAAGAGGCGAGAUAUUUUAUUAACUUUACUGUAUUCCGUAUUCACGCGUAUUAAGAUUAACGAUGUAUAUUUUAUACAAACCCAAUGGAGAAUAUUAUUAUUUUUUACUCGCUCUUUUUUCUCGAUACACAUACAACCUUUUUACGAUAUUUUUUUCAUCUACGUGCUGUUAUUAUUUGUCUAACGAAAGUUGUACCCGUGUUGUUUUUAUUCGUAGAAAAAACAUGUAUUUAAAAUGGAUUUUGUAACAAAUGCAUAAAUUACAUAAAAAA